CAAACUCGCUUCCUUCCUUCCUUCCUUCCUACAUACUCACUACUACUGUUCCGCGUCGGUGUUCAUUCCCUCCGCGAAUAAAUUCCACUUUCAGGGUUCCAACAACCAUCGAACCAACGAUCGAAUCAGUUUUCCCAUGGCCCUUCUUUGCCUCUGAUCAACCUUCUCACGGAUCACUCUUCGAUCCAUUAUCAUGUUCGAAGCACACGUACUGCAUUUGCUUCGAAGAUAUUUAGGUGAAUAUGUCCAUGGACUCUCAGCAGAGGCUUUGAGAAUAAGUGUUUGGAAAGGCGAUGUAGUUCUCAAAGACUUGAAAUUGAAGGCGGAGGCACUAAACUCACUUAAACUUCCUGUGACGGUCAAGGCUGGAUUUGUUGGUACCAUAACAUUAAAGGUUCCAUGGAAAAGUCUGGGCAAAGAACCUGUUAUUGUGCUUAUUGAUCGUGUCUUUGUUCUUGCUCACCCUGCUGCUGAUGGAAGGUCCCUUAAGGAGGAGGACCGGCAAAAACUUUUUGAAGCCAAACUUCAACAGAUUGAGGAAGCAGAAGCGGCCACACUUGAAGCAAUAUCGAGAUCAAAGCUGGGAAGUGCACCUGCUGGGAGUUCUUGGCUGGGAUCGUUAAUUGCUACAAUUAUUGGAAACCUUAAGAUCUCAAUUAGCAAUGUUCAUGUCAGAUAUGAGGAUUCUGUCAGCAAUCCAGGACAUCCAUUUUCUUGUGGUGUUACUCUGGCAAAGCUUGCAGCUGUUACAAUGGAUGAGCAGGGCAAUGAAACUUUUGAUACCAGUGGUGCUUUGGAUAGAUUGCGAAAGUCAUUGCAACUUGAGCGGCUUGCUAUGUACCAUGACUCUGACUGCCAUCCAUGGAAGUUGGAUAAGAAGUGGGAAGAUCUUACUCCCGAGGAAUGGAUUGUGAUUUUUGAGGAUGGCAUUAGUGAGCCGGCAAGUGAUAAUCAACUGGUGCCUACACGGGCUCAAAACCGCAACUAUUUAGUUUCACCAAUCAACGGAGUACUUAAAUAUCACCGGUUGGGAAAUCAGGAAAGAAAUGAUCCUGAAAUUCCAUUUGAGAAGGCGUCUCUUGUCCUCACUGAUGUUUCUUUGACCAUCACAGAGGCUCAAUAUCAUGAUUGGAUAAGACUUUUGGAGGUUAUUUCAAGAUACAAGAUAUAUGUCGAGGUUUCCCAUUUAAGACCAGUGGUUUCAGUUUUGGAGGCUCCACAUCUGUGGUGGCGAUAUGCUUCUCAAGCCACGCUGCAGCAGAAAAAAGUGUGCUAUAGGUUUUCGUGGGAUCGAAUGCAGCAUAUGUGCCAGCUUCGUCGACAUUACGUCCAAUUGUAUGCAGGUUCAUUGCAACAAUUAUCUAACAUAAACAACUCAGAAAUUAGAGAUAUUGAGAAGGAUCUUGAUCCCAAAGUGAUUUUGUUAUGGAGGUUUCUUGCACAUGCCAAAGUUGAAUCUGUAAAAUCCAAGGAAGCUGCUGAACAGAGGAUGCUUAGAAAGAGAAGCUGGUUUUCUUUCCAAUGGCGUACUCCUGGAGAUCCUUCUGCCGGAGAUGCUUCUGAGGAAUCAGAGUCUGUCCAGGAAAGAUUGACCAAAGAAGAAUGGCAGGCAAUCAAUAACCUAUUAAGCUACCAGCCAGACGAGGACUUGACUUCACAGUUUGGAAAGGACUCACAGAAUAUGGUGCACUUUUUAGUGGAUAUAUCUAUUGGUCAGGCUGCUGCUAGAAUAAUAGACAUCAGUCAGACAGAGAUUGUUUGUGGUAGAUUUGAGCAACUUCAUGUGUCCACCAAGUUCAAAAAUCGGAGCACCCAUUGUGGUGUGACACUGAGGUUUUAUGGAUUGUCUUCUCCUGAAGGUUCUCUUGCACAGAGUGUCUCUAGUAAGCAGAAGGUCAAUGCAUUAUCUGCUAAUUUUGUACACUCACCGACCGGGGAAAAUGUUGACUGGAGGCUGUCUGCGACAAUUUCACCAUGCCAUGUCACGGUUUUGAUGGAAAGUUACAAUCGCCUUACGGAAUUUUUAAAGAAGAGUAAAGCAAUUAGCCCUACUGUAGCAUUUGAAACUGCAACUGCUUUGCAGAAUAAGAUUGGGAAAGUUACUCGUAGAGCUCAAGAGCAAUUCCACAUGGUAUUAGAAGAGCAAAGCAGAUUUGCCCUUGACAUUGAUCUUGAUGCUCCCAAAGUUAGAGUACCUAUAAGAGGUGGUGUUUCUUCCAAAUGUGAGAGCCAUUUUCUUCUUGAUUUUGGUCAUUUCACAUUGCGUACUAAGGAAGGUCAGCUUGGUGAUCAGGGGCGUUGUCUAUACUCUCGUUUCUACAUCUCUGGAAGAGAUUUAGCUGCCUUUUUUACUGAUUGUGACAGCCAGAGUUGCACUCUGUCGUCUCAAACUCUUAACAGUAUACCUCCUAUGUCUCCAAUUUCGGAGGACGCUGAUGAUCUCUGCUCUCUGAUUGAUAGGUGUAGGAUGGCAGUUAUUGUCGACCAGAUCAAAGUUGCUCAUCCAAGUUACCCAUCAACUCGUAUUUCUGUUCAAGUGCCCAGCCUUGGCAUGCACUUUUCACCAGCCAGAUAUUGCAGGCUUAUGAAAUUGUUAAACAUACUUUAUAGUACAACGCAAGGAGGAAGUCAGCCUGGAUUGGAAAAUUCCCAAGCUGAAUUUGUCUCUUGGAACCCCCCAGAUCUUGCAACUGAAGCUCGAAUCCUUGUCUGGAGGGGAAUUGGUUAUUCUGUUGCUGCAUGGCAGCCCUGUUUUCUUGUGCUGUCUGGUUUAUAUCUCUAUGUGUUGGACUCGGAAACUUCUCAGAAUUAUCAGCGAUGCUCUAGCAUGGCUGGAAAGCAAGUAUAUGAAGUCCCCCCGACAAAUGUUGGGGGUUCAGUGUCUUGUAUUGCUGUAAGCACCAGGGGUAUGGACACACAGAAGGCUUUGGAAUCAUUUAGUACUCUGGUGAUAGAGUUUCGGGAUGCUGAGGAGAAGGGAACUUGGUUGAGAGGACUUAUGCAAGCCACAUAUCGAGCUUCCGCUCCUUCUUCAGUUGAUAUACUCGGAGAUUUAGGUGAUGCCGUUGGUGAAAUUGCCAAACCUCUUGCCACUAAUUUGAAGUCGGCUGACCUUGUUCUUAAUGGUGCAUUGGUCGAAACAAAAUUGUCACUAUAUGGAAAGGUUGGACAUGAGGUGCAUGAAGCACAUGAGGAGACUCCAAUUCUUGAGGUUCUUGCUGGAGGGGGAAAAGUGCAUGUGGUUCGUUUGGAAGGUGAUUUGACCAUCAAGAUGAAGCUGCAUUCAUUGAAAAUUAAAGAUGAGCUUCAAGGAUCUUCAUCUUUGGGUCCAAAAUAUUUAGCAUGCUCCAUGCUGAAGAAUGAUCAUUUAUUUGCUUCCCCUCCUCCCCUGAAGGAGCUCCCCUCUGUAAUUUCAGAGGACGAUGAUAUUUAUACGGAUGCUUUGCCAGAUUUCAUGACUUUUCCUGAAUAUAGUGAAUGUCCUCAGUUUGAUUCUGUUGGAGUCUUAAUUCGUGAGAAGGAGAUGGGUAAAGCAAAAAGCGUGCCUGGUGAUGUUUUUUAUGAAGCAGAGGGCAGUGACAACUCUGAUUUUGUAUCUGUCACAUUCUCAACAAGGAAUCCAAGUUCACCUGAUUAUGAUGGCAUAGAUACACAGAUGAGCAUUCGUAUGUCGAAAUUGGAUUUCUUUUGCAACAGACCCACUCUUGUUGCUUUAAUUGGCUUCGGAUUAGAUCUAAGCUCCGCGAAUAUGGGUGAAAGUGAUAAAUGCACGACAGCACCUGCAGAAGAUCAAUCUUCCCGUUACAAAGAGAAGAUAGAAGAAAAUGGGCGUGCUUUUGUUAAAGGCGUGCUGGGAUAUGGUAAAGGUCGUAUAGUAUUCUAUUUGAACAUGGAUGUUGACAGUGUGUCCGUCUUCCUUAAUAAGGAGGAUGGGUCUCAGCUUGCAAUGUUUGUGCAAGAGAGUUUUGUGUUGGAUCUCAAGGUUCAUCCCAGUUCUGUAUCCAUUGAUGGCACAUUAGGUAAUUUCAGGCUGUGUGAUAUGUCGCUUGGAAUGGAUCACUCUUGGGGAUGGUUUUGCGAUAUAAGGAAUCAGGGAGCAGAGUCUCUUAUCAAGUUUACUUUCAAUUCUUAUAGCACUGAAGAUGAUGAUUAUGAAGGAUAUGAUUACAGCUUGCGGGGCAAACUCUCUGCAGUUCGUAUUGUGUUCCUCUACAGGUUUGUACAGGAGAUAACUGCCUAUUUUAUGGAACUCGCAACCCCUCAUACAGAAGAAGCAAUUAAACUUGUUGACAAAGUUGGAGGCUUCGAGCGGUUGAUUAAUAAAUAUGAGAUUGAUGGAUCCUCGGCAUUGAAGCUAGACCUUUCGCUUGACACUCCAAUAAUAGUUGUGCCGAAAAAUUCAACAAGCAAAGAUUUCAUGCAACUUGAUCUGGUUCAGCUGCGGGUGAGGAAUGAAUUCAGUUGGCAUGGAUCCCCAGAGAAAGAUCCUUCAGCUGUCCAUCUUGAUAUUCUUUAUGCAGAGAUUUUGGGAAUCAACAUGGCAGUAGGAAUCAAUGGUUGUAUUGGUAAGCCAAUGAUACGAGAUGGCCAAGAAAUUAAUGUGUGUGUGAAGCGCAGUUUGAGGGAUGUGUUUCGGAAAGUUCCAACGUAUUCUUUAGAAGUGAAGGUAGGUUUAUUGCAUGCUGUGAUGUCUGAUAAAGAGUAUAAAGUUAUCUUGGAUUGUUUCUACAUGAACUUAUCUGAACAACCGAGACUUCCUCCAAGUUUUCGUGCCAUGAAGUCUGGGAAGAAAGACACUAUGCGAUUGCUAGCUGAUAAGGUCAACAUGAAUAGUCAAAUGUUGCUCUCGCACACCAUUACAAUAAUUGCCGUGGAAGUGGACCAUGCAUUGCUAGAGUUGUGUAAUGGCAUUCUUGAAGAUUCACCUUUGGCUCAUGUUGCGAUACACGGGCUUUGGGUAUCCUAUCGAAUGACUUCUUUAUCAGAAGCAGACCUUUAUGUGACAAUUCCCAGGUUUUACAUUUUGGAUGUUCGUGCUGGUACCAAACCUGAAAUGAAAUUGAUGCUUGGAUCAUGCACAGAUGUUCCAAAACAAUCCCCAACUGGAAAAUUCCCCUUUUCUUUAGAUAAAGGCAGCUUUACGAGAAUAGACUCUCAAGCUGCACCAAGCACGGAUGAUCCAACUUCUACUAUGUUUUUGAUGGACUGUAGAUGGCGAAUUGCAUCGCAAUCAUUUGUGGUCCGUGUUCAGCAGCCUCGUGUUCUUGUUGUUCCAGAUUUUCUUCUUGCUGUAGGAGAGUUUUUUGUGCCUGCCUUGGGAGCUUUAACUGGGAGGGAGGAAUUGAUGGAUCCGAAGAAUGAUCCCAUAAGAAGAAACAACAGCGUCAUACUCUCUGCUCCAGUCUACCAACAGACUGAAGAUGUAGUUCUCCUGUCCCCAAGUAGGCAGUUAGUGGUGGAUGCUGUAGGGGUUGACGAAUAUACAUACAACGGUUGUGGGAAGACUAUUUGCUUAAGUGAAGAAACAAAUUUGAAGGGAGGAAAUCCAUCAAGAUUUCAACCUAUUAUCAUCCUAGGACGUGGAAAGAAGUUACGAUUUGUAAAUGUCAAAAUUGAGAAUGGCUUUCUAUUUAGGAAGUAUACAUACUUGAGUAAUAAUAGCAGCUAUACAGUAUCACUUGAAGAUGGUGUUGAAAUUUCGUUGCUGGACAAUUUUACUUCCAAGAGCGCCGAAGAGAGUCCAGAUUGCAUUGAAGAAUCAUCAUGUGGCUCAAAUACUUCCACUGCUGAAAAUGACUCAUUGAAGAUGCAUAGUUUCACUUUUGAAGCACAGGUGGUUUCUCCUGAGUUUACCUUCUAUGACAGUUCCAAAUCAUCCCUUGAUGAUUCCUCCCAUGGGGAAAAGCUUCUCCGGGCAAAAUUGGAUUUCAGUUUCAUGUAUGCAGCAAAGGAAAACGAUACUUGGAUUCGGGCUCUUGUAAAGGAUUUAACUGUUGAGACUGGUUCUGGUCUUACUGUUCUUGAUCCAGUGGAUGUUUCAGGGGGAUAUACAUCUGUUAAGGAUAAAACAAAUGUGUCUUUGGUAUCAACUGACGUAUACAUCCAUCUUUCUCUUAGUGUUAUUUCUCUUCUACUGAACCUCCAAACUCAGGCUGCUGCAGCAAUACAAUUUGGAAACAUGGAUCCCCUGGCUCCAUGUACCAAUUUUGACCGUCUCUGGGUAUCACCAAAAGAAAAUGGCCAGUGUAACAACCUAACAUUUUGGAGACCAAGAGCCCCUUCAAAUUAUGUGAUUUUAGGAGAUUGUGUAACAUCAAGGCCAAUUCCUCCUUCACAGGCAGUAAUGGCUGUGAGUAAUACGUAUGGACGUGCAAGAAAGCCCCUUGGUUUCAAACUUAUAGGCUCAUUCUCUAGCAUUCAGGGAUUGGAGGUAGGCAAAGGCCAAUCCAAUGGUGAUUAUUCUAUUUGGAUACCGAUCGCACCACCCGGAUACUUGGCAUUGGGAUGUGUAGCGCACAAGGGCAGCCAACCGCCCCCUAAUCACAUCGUUCACUGUAUACAUUCUGAUCUUGCAACGUCCACAACAUAUUCAGAAUGUGCUUUGAGUACCUCCCCUAAUCCUUGCUUUACAAAUGGAUUUAGCAUAUGGCAGUUGGACAAUGUUCUAGGGUCAUUUUACGCCCAUCCUACUUCUGAAUGUCCCUCAAAAGACAGUUGUUAUGACCUGAAUCAACUUCCUCUUUGGAACUCAAGCUGGCAUCAUUUUUCGUCAAAAGAACCUACAUCAAAUGAAAAUGGUCAGCAUGAGAAUGUAAGUCAUCAGUCAAGUAACCAGAGCACAAGUUCAUCCGGAUGGGAUGUUCUCCGUUCUAUUUCUAAAGAAACCAACUACUACAUGUCAACUCCGAAUUUUGAGAGAAUCUGGUGGGAUAAGGGUAGCGACAUCCGCCGGCCAGUCUCUAUAUGGCGACCUGUACCAAGGCCUGGUUAUGGUAUACUCGGUGACUGCGUUACUGAAGGGUUAGAACCACCUGCUCUGGGCAUAAUUUUUAGGACUGGUAAUCUAGAAAUCUCUGCGAAGCCUGUGCAGUUCACUAAAGUUGCUCAUAUUGUGAGGAAAAGCCUCGAUGAAGUUUUCUUUUGGUACCCAAUUGCUCCUCCUGGUUACGCUUCUCUGGGUUGCAUAGUCUCCCGAAUAGAUGAGCCACCACCCCUGGACUCAUUUUGCUGUCCAAGAAUGGAUCUUGUUCACCAAGCUAAUAUUCUAGAGGUGCCUAUUUCAAGGUCUUUGAGUUCAAAGGGAUCUCAGUGCUGGAGUAUUUGGAAAGUUGAAAAUCAGGCCUGCACUUUCCUUGCACGCUCUGAUUUGAAAAAACCUUCAAGCCGGUUGGCAUUUUCUAUUGGCGAUUUUGUGAAACCAAAGACACGGGAGAACAUUACUGCCGAGAUGAAGUUAAGAUGCUUAUCUGUGACUGUUCUAGACAGCUUAUGUGGAAUGAUGACCCCACUUUUUGAUGCCACAAUCACUAACAUCAAGAUUGCGACUCAUGGUCGACUUGAGGCAAUGAAUGCUGUUCUAAUUUCUUCUAUAGCUGCAUCAACCUUCAAUACACAACUAGAAGCGUGGGAGCCACUUGUGGAGCCGUUUGAUGGGAUAUUUAAGUUCGAGACAUAUGAUACUAAUCUACACCCACCAUCUAGGCUUGGGAAAAGAGCACGUAUUGCUGCUACCAGUGUUCUAAAUAUAAAUCUUAGUGCAGCCAAUCUUGAAACACUCACAGAAACUAUGGUUUCUUGGAGAAGACAGAGAGAACUUGAACAGAAAGCAAUGAAACUGACUGAGGAUGAUGGUGCUGUUCAUGACCAUGGGAAUUCAACUUAUGCUGCUUUAGAUGAAGAUGAUUUUCAAACCGUGAUAGUAGAAAAUAGACUUGGAUGUGAUAUUUAUCUGAAGAAAGUAGAACAAAAUUCAGAUGCAGUUGAAUUGCUGUGUCAUGAUGAACAUGCUUCUGUAUGGGUUCCACCUCCAAGGUAUUCUGACAGGCUAAAUGUCGUGGAUGAAUCUAGGGAAGCACGGAGAUAUAUUGCUGUGCAGAUACUAGAAGCCAAGGGUUUACCUAUUAUUGAUGAUGGAAAUAGUCACAAUUUCUUCUGUGCUUUGCGCUUGAGUGUUGAUGGUCAGGAGAUCAAUCAGCAAAAGCUUUUUCCUCAGAGUGCAAGGACCAAAUGUGUUAAGCCAUUGACUUCAAGAAGAAAUAAUCUUGAUGAAGGCCUUGCCAAAUGGAAUGAACUCUUUAUAUUUGAAGUUUCUCGGAAGGGGCUGGCCAAAUUGGAAGUGGAGGUGACAAAUCUUGCAGCAAAAGCAGGAAAAGGUGAAGUUGUGGGUGCAUCUUCAUUUUCUGUUGGGCAUGGUGUAAAUACCUUGAAAAAGGUGGCUUCAGUGAGAAUGCUUCAUCAAUCACCUGAUGGCCAACAUAUCAUGUCGUAUCCCCUAAGAAGAAAGGGUCAGCAUAAUAGUGAUGACAUAAUUUCAAUUGGAUGCCUUCUAGUUUCCACAUCAUAUUUUGAGAGGAAUACAAUUGCAAGCUUCCAAAGUAAUACACAACAUGGAAAUGAUGUUGAUAGAGACGUUGGUUUCUGGGUGGGGCUUGGCCCAGAGGGCGAAUGGGACUGUUUUCGUUCAUUUCUUCCUCUGUCACCCAUCCCCAAAGCACUUAGAGAUGAAUAUAUUGCUGUGGAAGUUGUAAUGAGGAAUGGAAAGAAGCAUGCAAUUUUCAGGAGUCUUGCAACUGUUGUAAAUGAUUCAGAUGUCAAAUUUGACAUAUCAGUCUCCCCUCUGUCUAUGGUUACUGCAGUUGGAAAGCAACAGAUAACUGGCACAACCAAUGUUAUCAGCACCAUAAGUCCUGGUUCUUCUGCUGUAUUACCCUGGAGAAGUAUGUCCAAGAAUUCUGACCACUGCUUACAGAUUCGCCCUAGUGUUGAUUAUCCUCAACCGCCAUUCUCCUGGGGGCAUGCAAUUUCUCUAGGUUCUGGUUAUGGCUAUGGGAAGGACCUAACUUCCAUAGACCAAGGUUUCUUUUCGAGGCAAAAUACUUUGAAGCAAGAAAACAAAAUACCUGCCUUAUCAUUCAAGUUAAAUCAGCUCGAGAAGAAUGAUGUACUUGUUUGUUGUCCUAGUUCCAAAGGUAAGAUAUUUUGGCUUAGCAUCAGCACGGAUGCCUCAGUUCUUCAGACAGAGCUUAAUGUCCCAGUCUAUGAUUGGAAAAUAUCAAUGAACUCUCCUUUGAAGUUGGAGAACCGACUUCCAUGCCCAGCAGAAUUCACUGUAUGGGAAAAACUCAAAGAAGGCAGUAGCGUUGAGCGGCAGCAUGGUAUUAUCUUAUCACGUGGGAGUGUGCACCUAUAUUCUGCUGAUGUUCGGAAACCCAUAUAUCUUACAUUAUUUGUUCAAGGUGGUUGGGUUUUGGAGAAGGAUCCUGUUCUUGUAUUGGAUCUUGCAUCAAGUAACCAUGCCUCAUCAUUCUGGAUUGUUCACCCGCAGAAGAAAAGGAGAUUGCGUGUAAGCAUGGAACGUGAGAUGGGAGGAACUACUGCUGCUCCGAAAACCAUAAGAUUCUUCGUCCCUUAUUGGAUCAGUAAUGACUCCUUUCUUUCUUUGGCAUAUAGAGUGGUGGAGAUUGAACCGCUAGAGAGUGCGGAUGCAGAUGCCCUUAUGCUCUCAAAAGCCAUUAAAUCUGCGAAAACAGCAUUGAGAAGCCCUUCAAUUUUAAUAGACAGGAGACAUGUUGCGCCGAGAAAAAACAUUCAAGUACUUGAAGCAAUCGAGGACACAUGUCCAAUUCCGAACAUGCUUUCUCCACAAGAUUAUGUUGGCCGUGGCGGGGUUAUGCUGUUUUCAUCACGAAAUGAUGCUUAUCUGUCCCCACGUGUAGGCAUUGCUGUCGCAAUACGAAAGUCUGACAAUUACAGUCCUGGGAUAUCUCUUCUUGAGCUGGAAAAAAAGCAACGGGUUGAUGUCAAGGCCUUUAGUUCAGAUGGAUCUUACUAUAAGCUUUCCGCCAUGCUACACAUGACUUCAGACAGGACAAAGGUUGUCCAUUUUCAGCCUCAUACCUUGUUUCUUAAUAGGGUGGGCUGCCGUUUGUAUCUGCAACAGUGUAAUACUCAGACACUGGAGUUGAUUCAUCCCACUGAUCCUCCAAAACAUUUUCAAUGGCAGUCUUCCACAAAAGUUGAGUUGUUGAAGGUGCGGUUGGAUGGAUAUGAAUGGAGUACACCUUUUAGUAUCGAGACAGAAGGCAUGAUGUGCGUGGGCUUAAAGAAUGAAACCAGAAGUGAACAAAUACAUUUGAGGGUGGAAGUUAGAAGUGCAACGAAGAACUCCCACUAUGAAGUUAUUUUCCUUCCUAACUCAUUGUCAAGUCCUUACAGGAUUGAAAAUCGUUCAAUGUUUUUGCCCAUACGAUUUCGGCAAGCGGACGGUGCCAGCGAUUCAUGGAAGUCUCUUCUACCUAAUUCAGCUGCUUCAUUUUUGUGGGAAGAUCUUGGUAGACAACAGUUGCUGGAACUGUUGGUAGAUGGUACUGACCCGUUGAAAUCCCAGAAAUACCUUAUUGAUGAGAUAUCCGAUCAUCAGCCCAUUUAUGUGGCAGGAGGACCUUCUAAAGCUGUUUGUGUUACCAUUAUCAAAGAAGAGAAAACUAAUGUCGUAAAGAUCACUGACUGGAUGCCCCAAAAUGGUGCAAUUGUCAAACAAAAAGCACCAAUGUCUGUGUCGCAAGUUCCUGAAAAUGAUUACCAACAGUCAAACACCUCAAAUUGCGAAUUUCACUUUAUUAUUGAGCUUGCUGAGCUUGGAUUGUCUCUCAUUGAUCAUACACCUGAAGAGAUCUUAUAUCUAUCAGUUCAGAAUCUUCUCGUAUCGUAUUCAACAGGAUUGGACUCAGGAAUCAGUAGGUUAAAAGUCAGAAUGUGUGGGAUCCAAGUAGAUAAUCAGUUGCCAUUAACUCCAAUGCCAGUUCUCUUUAGGCCACAAAAAGUUGCAGAGGAUACUGAUUAUAUCCUGAAAUUUUCCCUGACACAGCAAUCAAAUGGAUCACUAGGUUUAUAUGUGUAUCCAUAUAUUGGAUUCCAAGGACCAGAUAACUCCGCCUUCUUGAUAUACAUUCAUGAACCUAUAAUUUGGCGCCUUCAUGGGAUGAUGCAGCACGUAAACCUCAAUAGGUUAUACGAUACUCAGUCUAAUGCUGUUUCAGUUGAUCCAUUCAUACAAAUCCGUGUCCUUAACAUCUCUGAAGUUCGUUGCAAAGUCUCAAUGGCUAUGUCACCAACUCAAAGGCCUGUGGGUGUACUUGGGUUUUGGUCAUCGUUGAUGACUGCAUUGGGUAACACUGAAAAUAUGCAAGUGCGAAUAAAUCAAAGAUUUAAGGAGAACGUGUGCAUGAGGCAAAGUGUUCUCAUAAGUAAUGCUAUCGUGAACAUUAAGAAGGAUCUUCUCAGCCAGCCCCUUCAGCUGCUUUCUGGUGUUGAUAUAUUGGGCAAUGCAAGUAGUGCUCUUGGACAUAUGAGUAAAGGUGUUGCAGCCUUAUCAAUGGAUAAGAAGUUCAUUCAAAGCCGACAGAAACAGGAAAGUAAAGGUGUUGAGGACUUUGGCGAUGUUAUCAGAGAGGGAGGAGGAGCUUUAGCAAAAGGCCUCUUCAGAGGAGUCACGGGUAUUUUGACAAAGCCUCUUGAAGGUGCAAAAGCUUCUGGUGUUGAGGGGUUUUUUCAAGGUGUUGGCAAGGGGGUAAUAGGUGUAGCUGCACAACCUGUGAGCGGUGUGUUGGAUCUAUUGUCAAAAACUACGGAAGGUGCCAACGCUAUGAGAAUGAAGAUAGCAUCUGCUAUUGCUUCAGAUGAUCAACUUCUCCGCAGGAGGCAGCCCAGAGCAAUUGGUGGUGAUAAUUUGCUUCGACCAUAUGAUGAGCACAAGGCAGAAGGACAGGUAAUACUGCAGCUAGCAGAAUCAGGAUCAUUUUUUGGCCAGGUUGAUCUAUUUAAAGUGCGUGCUAAGUUUGCCUUAUCAGAUGCUUAUGAAGAUCAUUUUUCACUCCCAAAAGGCAAAAUCCUUGUUCUCACUCAUCGAAGAGUCAUACUGUUGCAACAAACCUCCAACAUUAUUGCUCAGAAGAAGUUCAACCCAGCCAGAGAUCCCUGUUCAGUAUUGUGGGAUGUGCUGUGGGAUGACCUGGUGACAAUGGAAUUGACUCAUGGAAAGAAUGAACAACAGAAUGCACCACCUUCAAGGCUUGUUCUUUAUUUACAAUCUAGAUCGACAGAGUCGAAGGAACUAAUUCGUGUCAUAAAAUGCUACCGGGAAUCCAAUCAGGCUUUCGAGGUUUAUUCUUCAAUUGAACAAGCAAUGAGUACUAAUGGGCCAAGCCAAUCAAAGGCAAUGCUGAAACAGAAGGUGACAAAACCAUAUUCUCCAAUUACUGAUGUCAGCACUGCUGAAGCAAUUCCAAAAGAAGGGGUUUACGUGUGGUCUCCCCAGCAGGUGCCUGCAUUGGCUCCCUUAAGUUCAACUUUUGGCAGCAGCACAAAUUGAUUGGAUGAUUGUGCUUGUCUGAGUUCAAUUAGUAACUUUUUUGAUCUGCGGGCAUUGGUUCGCUGGAAGGCUUGUUCAGUUCAAAAUUGGCAAUUGGCAGGUCCUCCCUAUGUACCAUGCUAGCAAAAAGGUGUUGGAUACUGCAACCAGCAGUGAGUUGCCCUUGCACAGAGAGUUUGCUUAACCUUCUUGAAGGACUUUUUGAUGGGGGGGCUUCUAGAAAUCGGAAUCAUUAUUUCACCACAAGGACAGGAUGGUUGUACAUAUAUAUAUAGGAUAGAGAUACGUACAAUUUACAUUUGUAAAUCUAGAGCUAUAGAGAUAGUAUGUGCUGCAAUCGGUAGUUCUUGGUGUACAAUUUUUGCCCAGCCUUGUACAUUUAGGCAUUGUAUAUGUUUAUUGUACUGACAAGCCAUUUAAUUGGUUGCAAAUUCCUUUAUCCAGUAAGAUUUAAAGGCCA